AUUCCUCCUGCGUCCCUCAGCGGAAGCGGGCGCGCAAACAGAGGCGCUCCUGCGGCCUCUUGAGGUACUUGAGGCCUGGACGCCUGAGGGCUGCUGCUUCGGCCUGGCGUGUGGCCCCCGCUCGUGCUGCCAUCAUGGCGGAGCUGUUCAUGGAAUGCGAAGAGGAGGAGCUGGAGCCCUGGCAGCAGAAGGAGAAGCCCAUUGUCGUGGAUGACGACGACGACGACGAACUCAUCUUUAUGGGCGAGAUCCUGAGUGCCAAGCCAAGCAGUUCCUAUAUAUUGAACAGGGUUAACCCCAGUUCCCCGCGGAUUGGGAUUCAGAAUGGGGCCGCCAAAAGAGGGUUCCAGCCCGCGACCAGACCAGCCACCAGCACAUUGGCUGUCCAGCCACAGCCGCGGGUCAGCAGCAGCGCGCCUGGGACCCCUUUGGCCUUGCAGCGGCCCCUCUCCGGGUGCUCCGGACCUCAGGAAGCGGCCAAGGCCAGUGCUGGCCUCUCCCAGCCCAUCAGCCGCUCUCCCUCCCUCUGCAGGAAUCUCAGCUUGCCGGGGCUGGCCCAGCCGGCCUCCAGACCUGUGGCCACAGUCACCGCACAGCCAAUCACCUUAAGCCGGGUUACACCAAAUAACACUUCUGGCCUUGGCUUUGGCUUGAGGCUGAAUUCAGGAGAACUGCAAUGCCAGGGUGGAUCCAUGGUGAAUUUGACAGGCUUGUCCAAGCGUCCCUCUACUUCCGAAGCCGACAGUAUCCUUCCCAAAAAGACCAAGGGGAACGACAUGGGAGACGGAGGGGAUUCCCCUGAGUUGAUUUCAGUCCAGUCUCCCAAUGACCUCUUUCAGAAAGGUGUUCUGUCUGCAAACAUGAAGAAUGGUGCACCUUUCCCGCAGGCCUGUCCAAAGUGCAAUAUUCAUUUCAAUCUUUUGGAGCCAUUAAAAAACCACAUAAAGUAUUGCUGCCCGGAGAUGGUGCCCUCCUUCCUGGGUGCGGCAGAAAGCUUGGGGCCCUGGACCAGGGCCAUGGAGUCGGAGCCCGGGAAGCUGAUCAUGCUGGUGAACGACUUCUACUACGGGCAGCACGAGGGGAACGUGCAGCAGGUGCGCCAGGAGCAGAAGACCCACACCACCUUCAAGUGCGCCAGUUGCAUGAAGCACCUCAAGAGCAAUGUCAGGUUCAUGAACCACAUGAAGCACCACCUGGAGCUGGAGAAGCAGAACAGCGAGAGCUGGGAGAGCCACACCACCUGCCAGCACUGCUUCCGGCAGUUCCCCACUCCCUUCCAGCUCCAGUGCCACAUCGAGACCACCCACACGCCCCACGAGUGCUCCACCAUCUGCAAAAUCUGUGAGCUGUCCUUUGAAACAGAGCAGAUCCUUUUGCAGCACAUGAAGGACAAUCACAAGCCGGGAGAGAUGCCCUACGUCUGCCAGGUGUGCAGUUACAGAUCGUCGGUGUUUUCGGAUGUGGACAAGCACUUCAGGGCCGUCCACGAGAACACAAAGAACCUGCUCUGCCCGUUUUGUCUUAAGGUCAUUAAGAUUGGGGCGCCCUACAUGCACCACUUCAUGCGGCACCAGAAAAAGGGGGUGCACCGCUGCACCAAGUGCCGGCUUCAGUUCCUGACCAGCAAAGAAAAACUGGAGCAUAAAUCCCAGCAUCACCGCACCUUUAAGAAACCUGCUCAGUUGGAAGGCUUGCCUCCCGGAACCAAAGUGACCAUCCGGGCCUCGGCUGGCUCCCUUCAGCCGGUGUCUCCGUCCGCUUCCUUCGUGAGCGCCAAUACCUCCGUUCUGCAGCUGUCUCCCCCGCUAGGGUCCCACGUCGCAUCCCCCCCUUUGAGCCCCCAGAACAGGCUGAACACCAGCAAGACCCGCUCCAAGCCCAAGCCCUCGAGCUUCCAGCGGAAGGAGAGCUUGGCCAACAGCAGCAGCAGCGCCAGCAGCAGCAGCAGCAACGGAGGCGGCAGCAAGAAGAACAACAGCGGCAAGAUCGCCAACACCGGACUCAGCCAUCUCAGGUGCCCGGACAUCCAGAAGUGCAUUGAGUGCAACUCGGACAUCCGGACCUUCGCCAACCACUUCCCGGCCUACGUGCGCUGCGGCCUGUGCCGCUACAGCACCAGCUGCAGCAAAGCCUACGGCAACCACAUGAUCAGUUUCCAUAGCGCCCGCCCAACAAAAAGGUUCUGGAUGUAUAAGGAGCAUUCGGAGGAACUGAAGGAUCUGACUCUGGUCUGCCUUCACUGCGACUUUGUGGCCGACCUUUCUGCCAUGGACAAGAUGGCUGCCCACCUCAGCGACAAUGAAACACACGAGUGCCAAGUUAUUUUGGAAAACGGUCCCACCGAUCCUCCUUCUGCGGCUGAGAACCUUCUGGGCCUGUCGAGCGAGGCAUCUUUGAAGAACGAAAGCAAGGAAGGAACCCAGGAACUUUCAAGGCCCAGUGAGCCCAAGGAGGAAGAAGAACAACAACAACAGCCCCCUCCUCCUAAAAGCUUCGAAAUAAAAGAAGCCAACAAGGACCAUCUUGGAAACCCAAGGGAGGAGGCCUCUUCAGUUGCAAAGCAUGAAGGAGAAGGAGGAGAAGAAGAAGAGAGAGCACCCGCUCCAGAAAGCAGUUCUGGCCCUGAGCUGCCAUCCGACCUCAUUGAUCCCUUGGAGAAGGCGGGCAACAAAGACGCUUGUGCCGCUGCCAAAGGAGAAGAAGCGGAGUCCCUGGUUCCAGAAAACGUUCCCUGCCUCCCAGCCUGCCUGGAACACUCUGUGGAGGAAGGAAGUGGGGAACAUGAUGAGGAGGAGGACCUUUUAGUUGCUGAAGGUGAAAAAACGGUCCCUGGGCCUCCUUCAGAAGAUGCCUUCAGUUUGGAACGCCAUACUUACCCAGAGCACUCUUCUGGAGGAGGAAACACAGAGGACCUUUCCAGCCCAGGAGGUGAAGACCCUGCAGACAUGGAGUGCGAGGACAGCCCUGCACCUUCGGGGCUGGAGAACAGGCCCAUCCCAGAACCUUCUCUCAUCUCAGAACACCCCACGGAUGCUGCUGGAGGCUCAGAAGACCUCAUGGGUACUGCUGAACACUCUGGUGAUGCCAUCGAUGCUGCUGAAGCCCCAAAAGAUCCCAUUGAUGCUGCUGGAUGUUCAGAAGACUCCAUUCGUGCUGCUGAAGACUCAGAAGACUCCACUGAUGCUGACAGGGGCUUGAAAGACCCCAUCAGUGCUGGUGGAAGCCCAGAAGACCCCAUCAAUGCUGUUGGAAGCCCAGAAGACACAAUCAAUGCUUGUAGAGGCUCAGAAGACCCCAUCAAUGCUGUUGGAAGCCCAGAAGACCCCAUCAAUGCUGUUGGAAGCCCGGAAGACCCCAUCAGCGCUGUUGGAAGCCCAGAAGACCCCAUCAGUACUGGUGGAAGCCCAGAAGACCCCAUUAAUGCUGCUGGAAGCCCAGAAGACCCCAUCAGUGCUGCUGGAAGCCCAGAAGACCCCAUCAAUGCUGCUAGAGGCUCAGAAGACACCAUUGACACUGCUGACUUCCCAUUAAGCCAGAACGGUGGUCUUCUUGUUGCCUCAUCUUCUGGUCUGGGAAGCAAAGGCAGUCCCUCUGACCCCUCACAGAACUCUAUAGAUGAUGCUGCUGAAGGAGGAGAAGGUGCUGGAUGCCCAUUAAGUGGAGGGGAGGAGUGCGAAGGAAGUGCCACCUCACCUUUGGGGCCUUCUGCCUGUGGAGAGGACCUUGAAGACACUGCUGAAGAAGAAGGGGAAGAAGAAAGGGAGACAGAGCCAAUGGCAGAGCAGGGUGGUAUUUCCUCACCCUCCAUGGCAGAUGCCCCAGCCCAUGCAGGGCCUUCCGCCUCUGUGGAAGACGACCCCAUGGACCCUGCAGGGGAUGGCGAUGCCAUAAGUAGUCCUCCUGAGGAUGGAGAUGUCUCUCCGGCUGAUGAGCCCUUGGCUUCUCCGAUGGAAGCAGGAACCAGCCCAGUGUCCUCGAUUGACCCUCUUGAACCCGCAGAAGAAGCCAAUGGGGAGGCGGAUUGGGCCCUUUUGACUUCUCAGGAUAAGGAAGACGGCGCAUCGGUGCCACAGGCGGAUUUGAAAAGCCCCCCUAGCCCCAAAGGCUCCCAGAAAGAAGCCCAGAAGACCCCAUCAAUGCUAGUGGAAGCCCAGAAGACCCCAUCAAUGCUGGUGGAAGCCCAGAAGAUCCCAUCAAUGCUGGUGGAAGCCCAGAAGACCCCAUCAGUGCUGUUGGAAGCCCAGAAGACCCCAUCAGUGCUGAUGGAAGCCCAGAAGACCCCAUCAAUGCUGGUGGAAGCCCAGAAGACCCCAUCAGUGCUGUUGGAAGCCCAGAAGACCCCAUCAAUGCUGUUGGAAGCCCAGAAGACCCCAUCAAUGCUGGUGGAAGCCCAGAAGACCCCAUCAGUGCUGGUGGAAGCCCAGAAGACCCCAUCACUGCUGGUGGAAGCCCAGAAGAUCUCAUCAAUGCUGUUGGAAGCCCAGAAGACCCCAUCAGUGCUGGUGGAAGCCCAGAAGAUCUCAUCGGUGCUGUUGGAAGCCCAGAAGACCCCAUCAGUGCAGGUGCCAGUCUGGGAACGAGGAGAGAGUGGGGGUCCCUCUUCCGUCCCUCUUCCGUCGCCAGCAAAAAGUGCCUCUUCUGUGGAACUCCCAUCCCAAACAGAGGCCUCUUCGCCUGACAGCGCGGCGGCGGAAGCACCGGAGGAGGAUACAGAAGAAGAAGGUGACGUUGGUGGCCAAGAAGGAUCGCCCCAUGGCGGAGACGGCGGGAGCGUCCCUCCUCCGCCUCUGGAGGCGCAGGCGGACGACUCGGACGAGGGGGAGCUGGCGGACGUGAUGGUGGAGGGGGCCGAGUGGGCCUCCGAUGAGGACGUGGGCUUUGCGCAGUUCUUGCAGAGGCGUGGGGAGCCAGCCGUGGCCGCUCCAGAGAGCAGCGAACAGGACGGCGGCAGCGGCAGGAGCAGCAGCGUGCGCCUGGAGCCCUUGACCCCCUCCGAGGUGCUGGAGCACGAGGCCACCGAGAUCCUGCAGAAGAAAGGGGGCACCCCUUCUCCUGGGGCCUCCGAACAUGGUAGCAGCAGUGGGGGCCCAGCAAGCCCCGAGGAGCAUGAAGAGAAGCAGGAGGAAUUGGACCCGGAGGCCAGCUGAGGGAGGGGAAGCAUUGAGAGGCAUUGCGUGGGGCAGGCAGGCCUAACGAGGGGAGGAAGGCGCCCCCUUCUUGCCCUAUGCACCUGAAGGAGCCCCUUUGUGUGUGUUAGUCCUCAGGUGGCGCAAGAGCCACGGUCAGUCCGCGAGAAACGGGUUGCAUGCUGUGUUGCUGCCCUUCAAUGAAAGGAGGAGAGUGGGACCUCUUAUAGGGAAGGAGCCCUCCCUCCUGAAAUCUCACUCACCCUUCGUAGGGAAGGCUACACCCGCUGGGCUGUUUUGAGAGGGUUAUUCUUACGGACAGAAUCCAUGUCCCCGAAACAGGACAGAAAACCCCCAAACUGAGCCAGAAGGUCAACUGUUGCCUCUCCGCCCCCCUACGACGGAGGACAUGGAAUCACGUCCAUAUUCUGAUUGAGUGAAAUCAGUGGGGAGCAAGGUUGGCUGCGUUGUCCAGUUGAAGGGAUGCACCCCACAACUUAACCAUAGUCUCCUUUUUAGGUUGUAUCCUUCAAAUACUGUCCCCCGACUCUUUUAAUAAGUGGUUUUGGACUCGUUGAGGUUUGUUUCUAUUGGACCUACAUGUUUUGGACUUCUGUGGAGCCACUGGUUGUACAUAUUUUGGAGUAAACAUUUGCAAGAAACUA